AUGCCUUCUGCCGAAUUCACCAAAGCCGCCGAGGAGGUCAAGAACCUCUCCAAGAAGCCCACCGACGAUGAGCUCCUCUGCCUCUACGGUCUCUUCAAGCAGGCUACCAUUGGUGACAACAACACUGACAAGCCUGGUAUGUUUGAUUUGAAGGGCAAGUACAAGUGGGAGGCGUGGAACAAGUUGAAGGGUACUUCCCAGGAGGACGCCGAGAAGCAGUACAUCGCCUUGGUCGAGGAAUUGAAGGCCAAGAACGCUUAA